AUGAAGUACGUUAAUUUUGCGGCCCUUGCGGCGGGUCUGGCGAGCGCCGCGCCCGCCAAGCAGCCCUCCGCCUUCGAGGGCUUGGUUUCGAAAACAGCUGAGGAAGUCUCCGACUUUGAGGUCCAAGUCCUUGGCGGUAUGACCCUCCGAGCGCCACAGGUGUACAACACAAACUUCAUACAGAUGAAGCGUGGGCCCAGGGCUUAUGUCCAAUCGCUCAGGAAGUACUCCGCCUUUGGGGCCACUAUUCCUCCGAACCUGCUCCAGAUCAUCGACGAGAUCCUGGGAGAGCUUGGCCUGGGCGACCUCCUGGGCGAUGGUACUGGGACUGGGACCGGAACUGGUACUGGCACUGGUACCGGUGCUGGCCAAGGCCAAGGUAAUGGAGGCAAUGGAGGCAAUGGAGGAAGCGGGUCCGGAGGGCGGCAGGGCGGAAAUGGCACCCAAAGCGGCGGGGGCGGUCGGGGCAAUGGAGGCGGCGCAAGUGGCGGAGGAAGAGGUAGUGGCGGGGGCAAUGGGACGGCCCCGAGCAACGGGACCGCAAGCGGCCCAGGUCAAGGUGAGGUUGCCGCUGUUCCUCAGAUGUUCGACAGCGAGUACCUGGCGGCCGUGCAAAUCGGAACCCCGCCUCAGGACGUCACACUCAACUUCGAUACCGGAUCCUCGGACCUAUGGGUCUUCAGCAGUGACACACCGCCGGCGCAAGUCUCUGGGCAGAAAAUAUAUACUCCUGGCCAGAGCUCGACUUCGACCAGCGUCGAUGGCGCGAGCUGGCAGAUCACCUACGGAGAUGGGAGCGGCGCAUCCGGAGUCGUAUACACCGAUGUCGUGACUGUUGGGGGCGUCAGUGUUCCUAACCAGGCCGUGGAGGCUGCGACUAUGGUGGCAGGCAGCUUCAGCCAGGACGCGGCGUCAUCAGGGUUGUUGGGCCUGGCUAUGGACUCCAUCAAUACGGUCCAGCCUCGUGCUCAGAAGACCUUCUUCUCGAACGCUAUGGCGAACCUCGCAAUGCCCCUUUUUACGGCAAACCUAAAGCAGGGAGAACCGGGCAACUACAACUUCGGCUUCGUCGACCAGACCGAAUUCACCGGCAACAUCAACUUCGUGCCCGUGAACGCCUCGCAGGGCUUCUGGGCCUUCAACUCAGAGGGCUUCUCCGUGGGCAACGGGCAGGCGCAGGACUUCCCGCACCAGGCCAUCGCGGACACGGGGACGACGCUGAUGCUGGUGCAGGACCAGAUGGUGGAGGCGUACUACGCGCAGGUGCCGUCGGCGCAGAACAACGCCCAGAUCGGCGGCUUCGUGUUCGACUGCAGCGAGGAGCUGCCUUCGCUGACGGCCAACAUCGGCGGCUACCAGGCCGUCAUCCCCGGGAGCAUCAUCAAGUUCGCGCCCGCGGACACGGACUCGUUCGACACGGCGACCACGUGCUUCGGGGGCGUCCAGAGCAACACGGGCCUCCCCUUCGCGAUUUACGGCGACAUCUUCCUCAAGGCGGCGUUUACUGUGUUUGACGGCGGCAAUAUGCGGAUUGGAUUUGCUGCGAAGUCCGGGCAAUGA